CGGUGAGUCAGUAUCAUGGAGGCAGGCAGCGGGGCUGUUGCAGCGGUGGGGAGUGCAGCACUGGGACUGCUGGGAGCUGCGGCCACAUCCAGCCAUGACACCUUGGACAGGAGCCUAAGACCAGGACGUCACCUGGAGAACGACGACAUUGUGCCUGAACUGGCUCGAAUCCAUCCUAGAGAGAGACCGGACUGGGAGGAGACCAUUAGUGCCAUGGCAAGAAGUGCAGAAAUCCCUGAGCUGAGGACGGAAACCCUCAUGCGCUUGAGCAGCAGCAGUACAGCCAGUAUGAAGGUCAAGAAUGUCAAGAAACUUUCCUUCACGAAGGGUCACUUCCCAAAACUGGCUGAGUGCGCCCACUUCCACUAUGAGAACGUGGAUUUUGGUACAGUUCAGCUGUCCCUCGCAGAUGAGCAGUGUGAAGUGACGAGGAACGGGUACGAGUCCAAAGACCUGGUCUAUCUGGUUCAGAUCUAUUGCCAGGGUCGCAGCUGGAUUGUGAAGCGCAGCUAUGAGGACUUUCGGGUCCUGGACAAACACCUACACCUCUGCAUCUACGACCGGCGCUUCUCUCAGCUGCCUCAACUGCCACGCCUAGACAACCUGACUGACCAAUCAGAGUGUGUGUCACAGAUGUUGUUGGCAUACCUCUCACGACUCUCAGCGAUCGCUGACAACAAGAUCAACUGUGGGCCAGCCCUCACAUGGAUGGAGGUUGACAAUAAGGGGAAUCACCUACUCGUUCAUGAAGAGUCAUCCAUCAAUGUUCCAGCGAUUGCUGCUGCCCACGUCAUCAAGCGUUACAUCGCUCAGGCCUCAGAUGAAUUAUCCUUUGAGGUCGGAGACAUCGUGUCUGUGAUUGACAUGCCCCCUAAAGAGGACACCACCUGGUGGAGAGGCAAAAAUGGCUUCCAGGUCGGCUUCUUUCCCAGUGAGUGUGUGGAGCUCAUCAAUGAUAAAGUGCCACAGUCCAUGAGCAACUCCGUACUCAAACCAGACUUGAAGACGGAGAGUGUAAUGCAGGAUAGUGCAUGGGUGGCCAACCAGCUAAACCACUACAGCCCAAGUUCAGUAUCAAAGAAGCACGGGAAACUAAUCACGUUUCUUCGUUCCUUCAUGAAGUCGCGGCCCACAAAGCAGAAGCUAAAGCAGAGAGGCAUCCUCAAAGAGAGGGUUUUUGGUUGUGAUCUUGGAGAACACCUUCUGAACUCCGGACACGAUGUGCCCCAAGUCCUGAAGAGCUGCACAGAGUUUAUAGAGAAGCAUGGUGUGGUGGACGGCAUUUAUCGCCUCUCUGGGAUCGCCUCAAACAUCCAGAAGUUGCGGAAAAGACCUCCAAUUAAAUCAAAGAAGUCUCCUGUGGGCAGUUGGCGGUCCUUCUUCAACCUGGGCAAGUCGUCCUCCAUGUCCAAACGCAAGCUGCAGCGCAACCCGAGCGAGCCCAGCGAGCUGAAGACCAUGGCUCUGCCCGGAGGUCGAGGAGACACCGUGACGUUAAGGUCAGCCAAAAGCGAGGAAUCCCUGAGUUCUCUGCAUAAUGUUGAAGGGGAGUCGAAGGUGUAUCGUCCUCAGCGUCCACGCUCCAGCAGCGAUGCCCUGUCAGCAUCCUUUAACGGCGAGCUGCUGGACAGCCGGCAGCACUGCAACUCCUAUGAUAACUUGGACGCUACGGAGGACAGCGACGGAGACGACGGGCCCAUAUGUGUGCCCGCCCUCAUCUCGCCUCCCCGCUCAGCAGGUGAAGAUGUGGACUUCAGCCCACCAGACACUGACAUGGCCUCGUUGGACUUUGACCCCAUGUCGUUCCAGUGCAGCGCGCCUGUCACCUCUUAUGCCUUCCCUUUAGAAAAGCCAGCAGGUGGGACUGAGAUGUCCACGUUAAAGAGGAGCCCUGGCAGCAUCUGUGCCAAGUCCAGCAGCUCUGACCUCAUUUCUGCCUCCUUCCCUGGCAGCAGGAAACUCACCAAUCCUUACUAUUACACUGAAAAACCCACACAGGCUGUGUCACCCAUUAAAUGUGGGAAGACCACCAGUUUGACUCAUUUUGCCCCUCUAGAGCUUUUCUCCUCAGAGAUGCCUAACAAGAAUCCAGCUGGACAGGCAGUCAGCCCGCAGACAUCAUCUCCUGUUCUGCAGGGCUCGCCUCCCCUGAGGGCAGCCGAGCUGUCUUUGAGUGAAUCUUUUCAUAUGGAACUGCACUCCAAGCUGACAAUUUCUGACACGGUGGUGUGUAAAGACCUGCGUACUGACGACAGAGUUCAACAGGAAGCAGCUGCCAGCAGCCAUGAGCAUCAAGCCUCUUCAAAGGACCUCACUCAAUACUCCCUCAGCUCCACAGCUCCUCCUCCUGCUCUUCCUCCCCCUCUCCCUCCUAAAAACGCUACCUGCAUGUUGAUCCCGGCCCUCGCUGAAUCAGCCCAGCAGGUCUCCAUUCAACCUCAAACCCCCACUUUGGGGUGUCCUCUGCAGCUGCAGGAGAUGUCUAACAUUAAAGACCAGCUCCCAAAAUUCCAGACUUUAUCUGAGGAGGGAGCAGCACCCCCUAACAGCACUUCCACAUCUAUGACCAAAGCCUCGUCCUGUCUGAGCCCGUCCAGUCCCACAGUUAAACUGCAGCCAGCAGAAGGAACCAGCCCAGUUAUCAAAGAGUCAUACAGUUCCUUCACAACUCCAUCUGGAACUCAACUGGACACAGACUUCACCACACCAAAAACUCCAUACAAGUAUGUCAGGCUUCCUUGCUCGACCAGCUCGACUUCUCCAUACAGGACCAGUCCAGAGAGGCAGCAGCCGGCGUCAACAGAGACCCCCAUUCAGAGCUGCUCAUCCAAUGCUGCUCCAGCCCCCACUCCCAGUCACUUGUUAACACAUACUGUUCUUCAGAUCAAAGCUGAAGAGACUACACCACUACCAGUCCCUCUAAAGCCAUCAGUUCAACUUCCCUCAGCUGCUCAGAAAACCCAGAAGCCAGUGGUUUCACCCUCCCAACUUCGAACACAAACUCAGCAGCAGAACCAAGCUCAGAUUCAAACUUGUCCUCCAGUACAGCUUCCCACCCAGACCCAGAACCAACCUCACCAUUCCAAGGUCAGUGCAAGGGUACCACCCACCUCUGCUGAACCUGCUGAGAAACCUUGGGAGGAUAUAAAGCCAGUGCAGCCCUGUACAGAGGCUGUAAAGCCCCAUGUACCUUGUGGACCCACUCCCCCUGCUCCUCCUACUCGCACCAUGGAAAGCAAACUGGCUACAGCAGCUCUGAGCCAAAGUGAAGCUUCUUAUCACAUCCUUGAUGAAGGUUCUCAGGCCAGCCACCAGGAGGAAGCUCCGCCCCAUCACCCUCUGUCUCCUCGUAGAUCUUUCACACACCAGCCAGCUCAGCUAUAUCAUGUCAAAGGAGAACCAGUCCUCACUGAACCUCCAGGGACAACAUUCUACCAGCAAAGGCCUGUUCAUCCGGAGCCGCAGUCAAUUCCUCACAAUUAUAGAGCAGACUACAUGUCCAAGUCUGAGUCUCAGAUACCUUACAGUGCCCGAGUAGAUCACAGGUACAGCACUUUAGGGCCCAGGUCAUACCAUCACUCUAUGAAGGUCAGAAGAACCCCCCGGAGUGUCCAUGUGUCACCAGGUCCAAGUCACCAAGGUUACAGCCAUGACAGAAUCCACAGCUACCCCACGAUCCGCAGGGUGCAUUCAUUUCAUGUUCCUUCCAAUAUUCACUCAGUGCCCAUCCAAAGGACUGAGGUUCCCCCAGAGGAAGACCUGUUCUUUUACUAUAGGCCUGGGCAUCAGUGCAAAUCCUACCAGCAGCCCCCACACCAGUCCUCACAGGCUGACUACCAUGUCACCCAGCUGCAGCCUUACUUUGAGAAUGGACGGGUCCACUAUCGCUACAGUCCAUACUCUGGUUCAGGGCCCUUAGAGGCACCUUACUAUGACAUAGACCCUUAUGGCACGAUCCGAAUCCGGGAUUUUCACUCUUAUGACAGUCGAGAUGCCAAAGCUGUUGCUGGGCGACCAGCAGGGAAGGCCACUGGGUACCACUACCUUGCUGAUCACGUUUUUACCCCUGGAAAGGAGCACAGCUUUGUCAGCAGGGACAUGCCCCCAGGUCACAGGGGCAAGGAAGCUGCUGCUUACUCUCACUGGGAUCCAGAGGAAGUAGAGAGGCUUCGCAUGCACUCCAUCCGCAGGGAGAGCAGGGCCAGACUGAAGCUAAGAGGCCCUGUCCUCUCACAGUAUGGCAAUAUGGGUCUCUUCACACUAGCAGAUGUCUCAGGGUAUGAAAACUUGCAUCUGCGAAGUAAAUCAGACCCAGGUAAAGCAGUGCUGGUAGCAGCUGAGAGCAAAGACGGACGCUGCCUCCCCAGACACAUGGUGUCUGAUCCUGAUGUCUUCAUCUACAUGGAGGCUGAGAAACAUGGCAGUGGAGCAGGCGACAAGUCUGAUGUGCUUCUCAAACAAAGUUCCAAGAAAUGCCCAUCGUCCCACUCCCUCCCUGCCUCUUUGAGCCACAGUGAGUCCCGUCAGCAGGAGGCUGUCCAACAUGAUGCCAAGACUGGAGAGGUCAGCAGGUCCAAACACAGACAGGACUAUGCAGGCAAGAUGAACGUCCAAACACGUUACGAGCGUCCCGAAUCUGAGCACCCCCAGAUUAAAGUCAAAUCCAGUGUUCACCACAGUACAGACGAGCAGACCCCCCGAGAACAAGCCCACAAUAUCCGAGAGGAACAGACCUACAGUCAGAGCAAACCGGACCUGGACAGAGACUACGUCCACAAGAAACACGGCACUAAAUCUGUGCAGUCCCACUAUGACAACUUGGAUGAUUACCACCCAGCACCACCUCAGGCCUCAUUUCAAAAACAUGGGGGCUCCAAAUCAUACCCAACCCGAGGUUUUUCAGUGAGCCACAGCAACCGGGCUUACUCUACAGCACUGGGCCAGGGAGCCUUCCUCCAGGCCAAUAUGGCUCUUCAGAGGCCAGAGACAGAGAUCUGUACAGAAUGACGGGACAGGGAUGAUGGAGCAGCCUCUGCAGGACAGUGGACUGCUUGAAUAUUUUUGUUUCUCUGGAUUUUUAAUGAGUUGUAAAGAAUA